GCACAAGAGGUUUUAGGGCGGAUGCAAUGAAACCUCGGUCCCUGCGCAGCGCUGAGUGUCUCCAGCCCCUCGAGGCGGGGAGAGACGGAGCCUGCUAGUGCCCUGGCAGGUGGGGCCGGGGCGGCGCCGGGCGGGAGAGCUCCAAGGAAGCAAGCAGGGUCACAAAUAACACUGGUCUGGUUGGACCCGCCACUCCCCUGCGUGGGCCACGGGUGAAGGAGUUUGGAGCCACGCCGCAUUGUGAUGCUCCGGCUGCGCCUGCAGGAGAACCGGGACCGCCUGCGGUGCUGGACGCGCCCCGGAGCCAGGCGGUAGCAAGGUUCGGGCUCCAGCGACGCCUGUAGCAGCCCGGGGCCUCCGCUCGAGCUCUAGGAGCCCUCCUCACUCCCCGCCCGCCCACCCGCCGGGCCCUGAUGCAUUCGGUUCAUUGAACGGGCCCGAGAUGCGCCCUGGUUCUUCUAGCCGCCAGCAGGUCCCCCGACCCCGCGGGCCUCAGUUCUGCCUUUCCCCCAAGCGGGUGCUGGGCCUGUCCUGCCCCGGGCACCGGAGUGGAGCAGGGAGGUCGAGGCAGGGACGUGCCGCCCUCCUGUGGCUCAUGGUGCACACGUGGAAUGGGGGGGGAGGGGGGUGGAGAACGGUGUCAGUGCUGCCCCCUGGUGGGCCCCGCAGGGCACCACAGCCAGGUGAGGAUACGAUGGGGGUUACUGCCAGGUUCCUGGGAGUGUGUGUGUGUGUGUGCUGUGACCUGGGUUCUGUGUGUGCAUCUGUCUGUGUGUCCUGGGCACCUGGGUGCUGUGUGUGUGAGUGUGUGUGUGUACAUGUACAUAUGUAUGGACGUGUGCAUGAGUGCUGGUACUUGGGUUGUGUUUCUGUGUGUGUGUGUGUAUAGUGUGGCCCCAGGGCUCUGUGUGUAUGUGCGCACUUGUGUCCUGGCAUCUGGGUUCUGUGCGUGCACAUGUGUGUUUCGCUUGGGUACAUGGGUUCUGCAUGAGUGUGUGUCCCAGACACCUGGGUCCUGUGUGUGUGUGUGUGCACACGCGCGCAUGUUGGCUGCUUUGUGGGGGUGUCUGACAUAAGGGUUCUGUGUGUGUGUGCAUGUGUGUGUGCCAAAUGUGUGGUGUGUGUGUGUGUGUGGGAUGCCUGGGCUCUGUGUGUGUUUGUGUGUUCUGGACGCUUAGGGAUGUGUGUGUCUGUCUGUGUCCUAGACAUUUGCAUGUGUGCCUUGGGUGCUUUAGGGGUGGUCUGUGUGUGUGUGUGUGUGUGUGUGUGUGUGUGUGUGUGUGCCGGAGGGAGGAAAGGGUGCAUCUGUCUCUGUCCUAGGGUCUGGAUUGUGCAUGCGCGUGCACGCAUGCACUUCUUUCCUGGCACCUGGGCUCUAUAUGUGUGUGUGUCCCGGGGCCUGGGUUUUGUGUGUGUGUGUCCCAGGCACUAGGGCUGUGCAAAGCUUCGUAUCAUGAUUUGGAUUCGGAGAUUGGUCGGAUGAUUUGGCAGCCGAAUCUAUGAAUUCGAACUGAAUCAUGGGAAGCUUUGGGCUUUCCGAAUCGAUUUGGAAAGGAUUUGGAGAUCCGGGCACGGGGUGUCACGGGGAAUCGAUGAAAUAUCUGGAACUUAUUGCCUUAUUCAGAUAAAGCUUGCAGGGUUGUAGCCUCUGCUGAGAGCAUGACACGGGCCAAGUUUCAAGGUGAGAGGUGCAGGGGUUUCUGGGAAAUGCACCCCACAGCUAUGACAGCAGCCAGGGGUGCAGGGCCCCAGAGCCCCCUGCACGAUCUCCCCCACACUUGGCAGGCAUCAUGCUGUCAGCAGAGGCUGCCACCCCUGCAAGUGCCAUCUAAAUCAGACAAAAACCAACAAAGUUAUAGGUAUUUCAUUGAUUCCCCGUUAUACCCUAUGGCCCAAUCUCCGAAUCGGCGCUGAAGCUUUGGAGCCGCUUCGGCCGAAUCGAAGCAGGAACCCGAUUCGGAGCUCCGGAGCAAAUCGCUGGCAUCUGAAUCGGCCGAAUCCGAACCCGAAUUGAAUCAUUCCCUAUUCGCACAGGCCAACCGGCACGUCGUGGUGCCUCGUUCGUGCCCGUCUCGGUCCUCGAGGCGCAGUGCCGCUGCACAGCGCAGUCACGUCGGCGCAGGCUUGUGCGGGAGGUUUUGCCGUUCAGGGGAAGAACAGCUGUUCAGAUGACACAGCUUAUUCUUCCCCACCAAACCGCGAGAUGGCAUCAGCUGACGGCAAGGAGAGGUUUCGCAGCCCGGUUCCUGCUUCUCAGCAAUCGCAGGUUUCGGAUCGAAGGGUGGCCUGGUCCGAGAGAUCUGCCGGGUUUGUGUACGUGCCCUUUCCUCUCUUAUUGAUGCCCUGCACGGGCGCUGCGACAUGGGCCCGAGUCGGAGCCCUGCUACCCAGUAAUACCGGGGCCGCCGACAGUGCAGGGCGACUGGGCUAGCACACCGGGGACAGAGCAGGGGAACUGCGGCUACUGCCGGGCAUGAAAGGCAGAGCCGGGACCUUGCGUUUGCCCCCUGGGCACCGGGCAGCGCGGAGCCGGCCGGGCAACCGGCGAGCAGCACCCCGGGCGGGCGAGGCUGGGGGCACCCCGCACAGGGCGGGUGCGUGGGAACUCUGUGGGGCCGGUGCUGGGCUUCGCAGAGGAGAUCCAGAGGCGAUUGCAUCCUGGAUCGGUGCUGCAGAGAGAUCGCCCAAAUCGGAAAAAAACAAAUGAGUGGUGGGGGCAGGGGCUGCGGGCUGGGGUGGGGGGCACCGGUAGGGCUGAGGGCGCAGAGGCAGCUGCUGCAUAGUUAUGCUUGCUGCUAACUAGGUCGUGACGUCGGCAGUAGGGUGGAGCACAGGGGGAAGUGGCCAAGUGUACAGGUGUGUAUAUUGUGCAGGAGGCCCCUCCCGUCCCCCCACCCCCCCUUACUGAUGAGCCGGUGCGGCACAGCGCCCCUGCGCAUUUCCCGCUAGUCCCGGGUGCGUGCGGGCAUCCCUGCAGCGCUCCAGCCGAGAGGCCGGCGGGCGCCGCGUGGGGGACGGGACGCGGCGGUGCCGGAGCCAGGGCUGGAGCAGUCGCUGUCCAGGGCUGGGACGAGCCGCCUGCCAGGGACUGCCGCGGAGGUGGAGCGCAAGACUGUGCAAUUCAUGAAUAAGAAGCUUGCACUGGGUGUAGAUCGGCUCUGAAAAAGGAACCGGGAACCUGGAAUAAAAGGCACCAACUUGAGCCUCGUCCCCCGCAGCCGAUGGCCAGGGCCGCGCCGCAGCGGGAAUGCGGGGGUCUGGGCCCGUGCCCCCCCGCACCGCGCAGUGACCGUGCGGCGCCCCGCAGGCAGCAGCACAGCCCGCCGCACCCAUCGCUGGGCAGGGGCACCCGCGAUGUUGGUGCAGCACCGCGGGGUGACCCUGCAGCGCCCUGCGGGCUGCGCCAUGGCCCGUGGCGCCCGUCGCUGCGCGGGAGCACCUACAACGUCUGUGCACAGCGGCUGGAAGCGCCGCAGGAAGCUGCUGCGAAGGUGGCGCCAGGCUCCCGGCUGUGGUUCCUGCUGCUGCUCGUGGGCGCUGCGGCCGUGCCACGAACCAGCGCCGGCUCCCACUCCUACCGGCAUUUCUACACGGCGGUGUCGGACCCCAGCCUGGACGUGCCUGUCUUCACUGCCGUGGGCUACGUGGACGACCAGCAAAUUCUCCGCUACGACAGCGAGACGCAGAGACAGGAGCCGCGCGGGGACUGGGUGCAGGGCACUGUCGACCAAGACUUCUGGGACGGGGAAACCAGGAGCUUGCGGGCCUGGCAGGACGGAUUUAAACGGAACCUGCUCACCCUGCAAUAUCGCUACAACCAGACCGGGGGGUCUCACACGCUCCAGUUCACGUACGGCUGUGAGCUCCACGCAGACGGCAGCACUGGAGGCCACAUGCAGCUGGGCUACGACGGGGCAGACUUCAUCAGCUAUGACCUGGCAAUGCGCACCUGGGUGGCAGCCCUGGCACAGGCCCAGCGCACCCAGCGCAAGUGGAAUGAGGAGAAGGCCGUUCUUCAGGAUGCAAGAUCCUACCUGGAGGAGACCUGCAUCACGUGGCUGCAGCAGUACCUGCGGCACGGGGAGGCAGCGCUGCAGAGCAGGCGUCCCGUGGCACAGGUGAGAGACAGGCCGUCGUCCCGGGACGGACGCACCACCCUGUCCUGCCGGGUCCACGGCUUCUACCCCCGGGACGUGGCUGUCGUGUGGCUGAAGGACGGGCAGGCGCAGCCCCAGGAGACGAGGCGCUCGGGGGUCGUUCCCAGCGGAGACGGGACCUACCAGACCCGGGCCACCAUCGAGAUGGACCCGAGCAGCGACCACGACUACACCUGCCGCGUGGAGCACGAGAGCCUGGGGCAGCCCUGAGAGUGGCCUGGGACAAGGGCAGGGCGGGGUACGGCCCAGGGAUGACUGUGGGUGUCGUUAUGGGUGCCAUGUUGCUGGUCGGUGCCAUGACGGGCACAGCUGGUUAUUUCCUCGGGAGACGGGGAAAUAAAGGAGCGCCUGCUCGUGCAGCCUCGGACAGCAAACCCUUGAGGCUCUCGGAGGGAGCAACACCCCUUCCAACCCCUGCCUUGAAGCCCAGACUGCAGGUUCAUGGAGCUGCCUCCACACGAGGGAAACGCCUUGCCCGGGAGAGCCCUCCACCUGCCCACCCGCCUGCCAGAAGUGAGAUAUCGUGACCAGAAGGAAACGAUUCAGUGUCCUGCUGCCCGUCAGACAGCUUGGGGGCAAAGAGGCUGCUCUUUUACUGGAGUCUGACUGCGCAACAUGAGCUUUUCUGACCAGACAAUCUCACGACCUCUUGGGCUCCUCUGUGAUGUGCAAGUUGUCAUUUGUAGCUCAGAGACACUUGGCACUCUUGGAGACAAACCCCCAGUUUUUCUUUUCUUUUUUUUUUUAGUUUAAAAAUAUACUCCUCCCCUUCCCCUAACCUUUUCUGACUUUCUCUCUGCUCUCUCUAUCCCUUAUAGUUUCAUAGUUCAUAGUUUGUAAGGGUGGAAGGGACCUGAGCAGAUCCUCAAGUCCAACCCCCUGCCCUGGCAGGAAAGAGCACUGGGGUCAAAGGACCCCAGCCAGGUGUUCAUCCACCCUCCUCUUAAAACCCCCAGGGUAGGAGCCAGCACCACUUCUCUUGGAAGUCGGUUCCAGAUCCUGGCCGCCCUGACACUGAAGUAGCGCCUCCUGAUGUCUAGUGUGAAUCUACUCUCCGCCAGCUUGUCACUGUCAUAUUGAAUGUAAUAGUUUGAAUGCUUGUAAUAGUUGCCCAUUAGCCAGUUUAGAAGAAGGUGAGGUUCAUCUUCUUAUCGAGGUUCACUGUUUUACCUGGCCUUACAAUGAACAUGCUUAAAGUCUUGGUUCCUCGAUCUUAUCUCUAGAGGCCUUGAACAAGUUAUCCUAAGGACCAGAGAAAAACGACCCUUAAGCAAAUAUUCUGAGAGAUCAAAACCCUAGAGGCCUUUUGAAAGGGGGAUGUAAAAGAAAGGUCACCGCAGUGGUAUGGAAAAUCUCCUAAAGCAAAAUUUAAGAUAAACUAAAUAGUCAGUGGACAAAUUCUGUUGCGGAAGACAAAACUGGCCACCUAGCAAAAAACCUGUUGAGUAAGAUCCGAGCCCAAAUUUGGGAGUAGUGACAGGUUUGGGUAGGAGGGGCCCAAGACAGCAACUCACCCAAUAAAAACUGUAACCUACAGUCCCAGUUUGGAGGUAACCUCGCUUGCAGAACAACGAAGGAAGACUCGCAAGCGUAGGCCGGAUCAGACUGAUCACCUGAACCACCCUCUCCGUGAACACGAGUCUCUUAGUUCACGCUGAAGCCGCGGAGCGCCCGAGUGGGACCGAAGGAAGGGGACUUAGUGCUAUCAGUAUUGAGGCCAGCCCAUUGAACUGUAUUGCUGAGGCCAGCCCAUUAAAUUGUACUACUGAGGAAUGAAAGCAUAUCUAGGUGUUUGGCUUCUCGGAAUUGUAGCAUUGAAAGUAUAAUGCACUAAUAACUUUUCUGGUUCGAAUUAUAUAGUUAGUUGCGUGCAGGCCGGGGGUGAGCCGGGCCCAUCUUUGUGCAUGCGGGCUGUGGCCAGUAGCCUGGGCACGCGGGGCCGGAGAAAACCGCGCGGCGGCAAGGCACACGCGGGCUAGAAUUAGUCACAGAGGCGUAGUGGUUGAUUGAAAGAUUAUUUACUUACACCCAAGAUGGUCGUGGUGUAGGCUGGACAGUUUCCAGGUGCAGCUCCACUUAAAUCCUCGUUGGAGGACUACGACAAAUUCGGUUCUUUGGCCCCGGAGUUGUUAAGGCUCCGCGGGUUCGGCAAUUCUUUCCUCACGGAGUUGUCGAAGCUCCGUGGGCUCUGGUCAGUUCCCAGGUCCCCCGGAGCUGUUAAAGCUCCAUGGGUUCAAAAAUUGGGUAUAUAGGAUAGGGAUACGUUUAGGAUUGCGCUCAGCGACGGGGAGAGGCUAGAGGCUGUUCAGACCUCUGUUGCCUGCUUAAGAGGGGCGCGUUGGGUCCGCAAGGGUCCACAUCGCUUAGAGAUCUUCACACAGCGCGAAGUCUCCUCCUCCUGGCGAGUUCUCUCUCUCCAGUUUUCCUCUCUCUGACUUGGGCAGAAACUACCCAAGCCUUUUGUACGGCUAGCAAGCCAAUAGCUAGCCGCCACGUGUACCUUUACUCAGAACUGGCCAAUAAUGUGGCGCGAAUCUGAAUACAAAUGGCGGGAACUCCUUUGCACCGUG